AUGGGUCUUCGAGAUCUAUUCAACCAACAAAUUUUAGCCUCAACUGACUUGCCAUUUGCUGUGACUGAGUCGACAACUCUAGCGUUCGAAGGCAUCGUUAGAAGUAAAGCCUCUUGCGUUUUAGUCCCUUUCUGUUUGCGUCGUAAUCUCAUCGUGAUAUCAAUGGCUGGUGAAGGUGAAACGGUGGCCGUAGCGGCUGAGUUGCCGCCGGUGGAGCCCUCGACCGCAGAACAGCAGGAGAAGCCUGAGAAGCUGGUGAAGGAGAAGAAGGCGAAGGCUCCGAAAGAGAAGAAGCCUAAAUCGACCAAGGCUUCUCAACCCGCUCAUCCUCCUUAUUUCCAGAUGAUUAAGGAGGCGUUAUUGGCACUCCAUGACAAGAGUGGUUCGAGUCCAUAUGCCAUAGCUAAGCAUAUGGAGGAUAAGCACAAGGCCGUCUUGCCUGCAAAUUUCAGGAAAAUUUUGGCUCUUCAAUUGAAGAAUUGUGUAGUGAAGGGGAAGCUAAUCAAGAUCAAGGCUUCUUAUAAGCUGUCAGAAUCAGGGAAGAAGGAUAACAUGGUGAAGGGUGCAAAGAGCGUUACAGGGAAGACGUCUAAAGUUGCUAAACCCAAGACAGGUGUUACGGCUCCUAAAGUUUCUAAAACAGUGAAGAAAACAGCUACUCCGAAGAAAAAGAAGGCCACGAAGCCUGUGAAGAAGGUUGCUCCGAAGAAGACGAAGAGAUCAACUCCAGCAAAACCCAAACAACCCAAGUCGAUAAAAUCACCUGCGGCAAAGAAAGCAAAGAAAGCCACAGCUGCUUGAUGUAAUGACCGAAUGAAAUAAUCCAUUU